GGUACAAAAUGCUAUUAAAUUGUUUUGAUGGUGCAAAGUGCAAAAAUGCUAUAUUUCAAGGGUGAAAUGUAGAAUUAAGCUAACUUUCACCAACCGUAGUCUUUUUAAGUGUGCUUUCUCUCUCACACACGAAAAUUCCCCCCAAGUUCAUCAAUCCCCAAAAAUGAAAAAACUAGUAUAAAAUUAUCAAGAAACCCAACUCCAUUAGCUCAGAGUCAACAAAGAAGAAAAAAGAAAUGGCCGAAUCGGAAUCCAAACUAGCCACAGCCAAGACCAUCCUCUCCGCCGUGGGAUCCAUCGCCGCCACCGCCGUGGUUGUCCGCGGCGUCGCCGGAGAUCUCCUCCCCCCAGAAUUCCACGACUACAUCCUCUCCGGCUUCAGAACCUUCUUCAGCAGAUUCUCCAACCAGCUAACAAUGGUGAUCGACGAGUUCGAAGGUUUGGACAGCAACGAAAUCUACGAAGCCGCCCAAGUGUACCUCGGCACCAAAAUCAGCCCCACCACGCGCCGCCUCAAGAUCAGCAAACCCGCCAAAGAAAAUCACUUCAACAUCACCAUUGAUAAAGACGAACAACUCACAGACACCUUCAAUGGAGAGAAAUUCAAGUGGGUUUGGAUCUGUAAAACCAAAUCGAAAACUUAUUACCACCACAGACACACCAACACCAACUCCACCGAGGCGAGAUCCUUCGAACUCACAUUCCACAAGAGAAACAAAGAUUUGGCGAUAAAUUCUUAUCUACCCCACAUCGCAAACGAGGCCCAAAUCAAGAAACACGAGAAGAAAACGAUCAAGAUUUGGACAGUUGAUGAUUACGAAGACAUGUACAACAUAAACGAUAUUUGGCAGCCCGUAACCCUCGAUCACCCGGCAACAUUCGAGACUUUAGCAAUGGAUUCCGAUCAAAAAGAUUUGAUCUUGAAGGAUCUCGAUAGGUUUUUGAUGAGGAAAGAUUAUUACAAGAAAGUGGGGAAGGCUUGGAAAAGAGGGUAUUUGCUGUAUGGUCCUCCGGGGACUGGAAAAUCGAGUUUGAUUGCUGCAAUGGCGAAUUAUUUGAAUUUCGAUAUUUACGAUUUGGAGCUGAGUGAGCUGAGAAAGAAUUCCGAUUUGAGGAAAUUGCUUGUUGGGACUGCUAAUAAGUCUAUAUUGGUUGUCGAGGACAUUGAUUGCACCGUUGAUUUGCAGAAUAAGCUGGCUAAAAGGGAUGAAUCUCCACCGUCGGAUCAAUCCAAUCGCCGCGAAGAAAGCAGCAAGGUGACACUAUCUGGUUUAUUGAAUUUUGUGGAUGGAUUAUGGUCAAGCUGCGGUGACGAGAGAAUUAUAAUAUUCACGACAAAUCACGUAGAAAAGCUCGAUCCAGCAUUGCUUCGGCCGGGUCGAAUGGAUGUGCACAUAAACAUGUCGUAUUGCACCUUUUGUGGGUUCAAAUUAUUGGCCUCCAAUUAUCUUGGGAUUAAUAAUCAUUAUUCGUUCGAUGAAAUCGAGGGCUCGAUUGGAAUUGCUAAAGUGACACCGGCUGAAGUAGCAGAGCAGCUUCUCAAGAAUGACGAUAUUGAUAUUUCUCUUCACGGGCUGAUUGAUUUUAUUCAUAAGAAGGUUAAAGAAAACGAAGAAGCUGAGAAUGGAAACGUGAAAACAGCAGAAUUAGCUAACAAACAAGAAAGUGAUGACAAGGAAAAUGUUGGAGAAGCUAACAAUUUUUCGUAAUUUUUUGAAUAGAUAAUGAUGAAAAAUUUAUUAGAAAUUUGAUUUCUUUGUGUCAAUUUGGUCGAAAUGCGUUUAUAGAUACACGUGGGGUUCAAAUAUUGGUAGGCGGAUAUCGAGUGGAGUGUUCGAGUCGAGUCGAGUCGAUGCUAUUAUAAAAAAGACAUGGACAGAAUAGGGGCUUUUUGGUCAUUACAUAUCAACAAAAUGGUUUUAUUUUUCUUUUGUUUUGGGGAUAAUUUCACUUAUCUUGUAC